AUGGAGCACCUAACCAAGGCUGCGGUGAGCAGUUCCACGGCGAUCACUGCUUUCCACGCAGCGGCACUCGUAGCCCUACAACCGGUGAGGGGCGGCCUGUCGCUGUCGCUGCGUUCCUAUCCGGGCGUGCUGGUGUGCGGCACGUGUGGCGUGGGCAGCAACCGGCUGGCGGAGGCCAUCACGCGCCUCUGCUCGCACGCCGUCUACACGGGACACCUGACGCUCGACCAGGACGAGAGAGGGCGCCACUACAUCUACCCUCAGGACGAGGACGCCUUGCAGGAUUUCCUGAAGGUCAAGGGCUUCGUGAAGCGCUACGUGUCGCUGCCGGUGUCGCUCUUCUCGGCGGUCGACGGUCCCGCGGCGAAGGCAGCGUCGCGCUUCGUGGCCGACCAUGCGCUCCGGGGAGCCGAGUUGGCCGUCCGCACCGAGGACGACGUCACCCGGGUGGCCGCCAUCUGCCGGGCCCUCCACAAGAUUCAUCCGGACGACAUUUCGCUUCUGGUGAAGAUUGCAGCGUCAAUAAAGCCAACUGCUGAGUUUCUGAAGAACAUAUCAACGCUGGUGGACAAGGUGAUAUUCGAGACGCAGCAACUUCGCCAAGACACGCAGCUGCACUCGAUUCGCUUCGCCAACCCGUACAUGCCACACACGGACGCCGCCGCAGGAGACGUCUUCAUGCGGCGGCAGCUGAGCCGCGUCUGGUCUCUGCGGCAGCAGCUGGUUGCCCAAAGCGCUGCAGCGACUCACGGCUGGUGCUUCACGAUCAGCCUGGGUGCCAUCAAGAACUACGUGAACACGCUGUACACGAAGCUCGUCUGGGUCUCCGGAUACGACUACACGAGCCUGCAGGAGGUGUGUGCCUUGUUGCGCGAGAACAAGGCCCAGAUGAACAAUGAAAGCCUGUCCCGGUUCGUGAAGACAGACUACGUGUACUAUACGUUCGACGACAGAGACACCAUUGCCCAGAAGAUGUCUCGAGCACUGGGCGAGUUUCCAGAACUAUGCGUAGCUGCCUACGACGUUGAGAUGGACGACCUGGAUGGAUACUGCGACGCCCAGGGUGCCGACGUCGGGGCGCCCUUGCUCGAGCUGCUGCACGCAGUCGCAUUCAGGCAUCCACCCUGACAGCAACAUCUUGAUGUUUGCAUUCGCCACCAUGUCUGGAGAUGAUUUUUAU